AUGUCUAUGAAAUGGACUUCAGUUCUUCUGCUGAUACAGCUGAGCUGUUACUUUAGCUCUGGGAGUUGCGGAAAGGUGCUGGUGUGGCCCACAGAAUUCAGCCAUUGGAUGAAUAUAAAGACUAUCCUGUAUGAGCUUGUUCAGAGAGGUCAUGAAGUGACUGUAUUGGCAUAUUCACCUUCUUUUCUUUUUGAUUCCAACAAUUCAUCCGCUCUUAAAUUUGAAGUUUGUUCUACAUCUUCAGCUGAAACUGAGUUUGUGGAUAACGUUAUUCAUCUGGUUGAGAGACAGUCAGAAAUUCCAAAAGAUACAUUUUGGUCAUAUUUUUCAAAAGUACAAGAAAUGACGUGGGCAUAUGGUGACCUAAUUAGAACGUUUUGUAAAGAUGCAGUUUCAAAUAAGAAACUUAUGACAAAACUACAGGAGUCAAGAUUUGAUGUUGUUCUUGCAGAUGCCAUUUCCCCCUGUGGUGAGCUGCUGGCAGAGCUUCUUAAAAUACCUUUUGUGUACAGUCUCCGCUUCUCUGCUGGCUACAUACUUGAAAAAUAGUGUGGAGGAUUUUUGUUGCCUCCUUCCUAUGCACCUGUUGUUAUGUCAGAAUUAAGUGAUCAAAUGACUUUCAUGGAGAGGGUAAAAAAUAUGAUCUAUGUGCUUUAUUUCCGAUUUUGGUUCCAACUAUUUGAUAUGAAGAAGUGGGACCAGCUUUACAGUGAAGUUCUAGGAAGACCCACUACCUUAUUUGAGAUAAUGGGAAAAGCUGAAAUAUGGCUUAUUCGAAACUACUGGGAUUUUCAAUUUCCUCAUCCACACUUACCAAAUGUUGAGUUCGUUGGAGGACUCCACUGCAAACCUGCCAAACCCCUACCUAAGGAAAUGGAAGACUUUGUACAGAGUUCUGGAGAAAAUGGUGUUGUGGUAUUUUCUCUGGGGUCAAUGAUCAGCAACAUGACAGAAGAAAGGGCCAAUGUAAUUGCAUCAGCCCUUGCCAAGGUCCCACAAAAGGUUCUGUGGAGAUUUGAUGGGAAUAAACCAGAUACUUUAGGACAUAAUACUCGGCUGUACAAGUGGAUACCCCAGAAUGACCUUCUUGGUCAUCCAAAAACUAAAGCUUUUGUAACUCAUGGUGGAGCCAAUGGCAUCUACGAGGCGAUCUACCAUGGCAUACCUAUGGUGGGCAUUCCAUUGUUUGCCGAUCAACCUGAUAACAUUGCUCACAUGAAGGUCAAGGGUGUAGCCGUUAGAUUGGACUUCAACACAAUGUCGAGUACAGACUUGCUGAAUGCAGUGAAGACUGUAAUUAAUGAUCCUAUAUAUAAAGACAAUGCUAUGAAAUUAUCAAGAAUUCAUCAUGAUCAACCAGUGAAGCCCCUGGAUAGAGCAGUCUUCUGGAUUGAAUUCGUCAUGCGCCACAAAGGAGCCAAGCACCUUCGGGUUGCAGCCCACAAUCUCACCUGGUUCCAGUACCACUCUUUGGAUGUGAUUGGGUUUCUGCUGGCCUGUGUGACAACUGUGAUAUUCAUCAUCACAAAAUGUCUGUUUUGUGUCUGGAAGUUUGUUAGAACAGAAGAGAAGGGAAAAAAAGAUUAAUUAUGUCUGAGGCUGUAAGCUGGGAAACUUAAUAAAUGAGACUCCAGUUUAAUACAGAAAGAAGAGAUUGUGAUGCAAGAUUCCUUUCUUCUUGUGACAAAACACCUUUCAAAACUUACCGUAUCAAGUCAAAAUUUGUUUUUCAAAGAUUUAGUACCUGUUUAACAGGUGCUAAAACAGGAGGAAAACACUAGGGAAAACAAAAAUGAUAUAAAGCCAUAUGAGCUUAUAUUGAAAUUUAUUGUUCUAAUUCACAGGUUACAUGAAAAAAUUUUAUUGAGCUUAACUACAUUUCACAUAUUGUAAUGGAAACAAGAACAUUAAGAAUUCCACUGACAGUAUCAAUUUCGUUUUGCAAAUAGUGAAAAUACUUUGAAUUCAUUUCAUGCAGAAUUGUGUUUUAAUUGUUGCUGAGGAAACUAUUAAAUAAUUAAGUUGUAU